CACAUCUUUCUUAUUGAAAAUGCGGCUCUGUUAGAGAUACUAAAACAGCUCAUGUGGUGGCCUGUGGUAGCAGCAUAAAACAUUGAACACCAUCGACCUUGGCUAUCAACUCAUCCAUCUUUGGAUGUAUUCAAUGAGGCGUCGACUAUAACUAGAGACUGAACUGACUCUCACGUCAGACCACACACACGUUUACUGACGCUGAGUGAGUGAGGAUACACUGUGGCCCCAAAUGGCCAAGAACACGCUGUCUUCGCGCUUCAGAAAGGUAGAUAUUGAUGAAUUCGACGAGAACAAAUUCGUGGACGAUCACGACGAGCCAGCCGAUCAGCAAGGACCCGAUGCGGCGGAGGUCGAUAACCUUAUCAGGCAAGGGGACAUGAUGGCAGCCCUUCACAUUGCUCUUAGGAACCCGCCAAUCAACAGCAAAAACCCAGCAUUGAAGGAAAGGGCACUGUCUGUGGUGUUGAGGGUGCUGACAUCCUUUAGAAGCAGUGAUAUAGAGUCAGCUGUUAAAUCUCUUGACAAGAAUGGAGUCGAUCUUCUCAUGAAGUACAUCUACAAAGGUUUUGAGAGGCCUACAGAAAAUAGUAGUGCCAUAUUGCUGCAGUGGCAUGAAAAGGCAUUUGCCAUUGGAGGACUAGGCUCUAUUGUUCGAGUUAUGACAGCUAGGAAGACUGUAUGACUACCUGACCAGACUUGGAAACAAUCUUGCUAAGAGACACUGCGGACAUUAGGCUAGUUUGCCUAUGAUCUGAAUGAAGAGAUCGAAACUGUCAAUGGUAGAGAAACAACGAAGCACUUGUUUCAAACUGAAAAAAAUAUAUACUUGUGUAAAAGUGAAGUAACUUACACAUGCCAACAUAUCAUAAAUUAUUGAUAUACUGGCACCAAAAAGAUCUUAAUUAGACAUGGCUUUUAUGGGUGGGUGGGGGGGAAUAUAUACAAAAUAUAUACAAAAUAUACUGUGGAAGAUUAAACAAUCCCAGUUUACAUGCUCUUGAGUUACAUGAGUGCAAACAGCAAUUGAGCCGGUCCAUUUGAGAUAGAUUAUUGCAGAUUUGCUGUGCUAACUCAGACCAGUUAAAAAUGUAGAUUUAAUGAAUGUUUUAUUUUCAUAUUUUAUUUCACAUCUAUGGUCCCAUACUCUUGUUUUUUUGUGUGCAGAGAUUUACUAGUGGAACCAGUGAUGUACACCAAAGGGGUAGAGUGGGAUCUUUAUAAAGUGCCUGCUACAAUAAAUUAAAUGGAUCCCUUUUAUGUCAUCAGACUUUUAGUGAUUGUUUUUGGUUUGAUUCCAUGUUGAUUUUAUUUAAUUAAAUACUUAUUCCUACUUCUUUUUAGUAUGAAUUUAGCUUGGUUUACCUUGACAGCUCCAUAACAAUGUUUUAUAGUACUUUACAACAGAGAUGUGUCGCACCCAUCUGACAACACUAUUUGGAUGGUGAGCUUCAGAAGCAGGAAGGGCAGGCUAAUUAAGGUAGUGCAUAUCAGGAAAAAGCUGAUAAAGUGUCUUCAAAGUAUUCUGAAAGAUGUGCCUCUGGUAACCUCUAUCAUGUGAAGACCAGUGCCUCUGGGAUAUCUCUCUCAUCUCACUGCAGGGCAGAACAAAGACCAGGAGCCAUACUCAUUUAUAAUCACAGCUCAUAAUAUAAAUGUCAAAUUGCUUUUGUCUUGUGAUGUACAUCUGUAUAAAUUUGUUGAGGUAAUGAUUAAAAGUCUGAAUUGAA